CUCGGAUUGUGAUUGGUGAAUGGUGUUACUUUUCGACCAAUCACUGAGCAUUUCAUUGAGCAGUGAGUGCUAGCACAUUGCUUCUGUUGGACAAACAGUGGGCUCAAGGAGGAAACGCUGUGGAACCAUGGGGGUGUUAUCCACGUUGGUGAGGGGUCUGGUGAGAGGUGCGGACAGAAUGGCUGAGUUUACAAGCAAACGUGGAUCAAGGACUCAUAACAAAGGCAGGGGUGCAAGGCCCACUGGGCUGAGGCUGUCCAGCAGGAAGUUUCUGUCCAUACGGACCAUGAUUCCUGAGUUUGUUGUGCCGACCUUGGAAAAAUUCAAACUUAAACCUUACGUCUCAUAUCGCUCUCCUCGAGGAGUGGAGCCCCCCCUCACAGCAGAGAGUGUGUUUGCUGAAGUAGUGGCCCCUCAGAUCAAGAAAGACUAUAAAGAUGGGACUUUCAGCAAAGAACAGCUGGAGAAAUAUGGAUUUAAUCCCAAGCAGGAGGGGAAGCUCUUCAAGCUGUUUCCAAAGAACUAUGUUCGGUAAAGAUGCAUGCAGAUUUUUGACAAAGAAAUGUGAUCAGACUGAAAGCGGUUGACAACUGGUGUGACACUUUCAGGAAAAUUAUCACACAUGGGUCUGUGUGUUUAGAAAAUUAUUUCAUGCAAGUGGUUGACAUCUGGCAAAAUAAAACCUGUAAGUCUAUGACCCAUACUGCAGAGUUGCAUCAGUCACUGUCCAGAGGAGUAAUUUCCUUAUAGUUAUUUUUAACUUUGUUCAGAACCCCUUGAUUUCAAAGACCUUUUCACUCAGUGGCAAAGUUUAUACAUGCACAGUGAACCUUAACUUGUCAAUGUAACUUUAUUUGUCAGAAAGUGUAAUGACUGCAAUUAAAAUGGCUUCUAAAAGUU